UUCUCACCUAGAGUAGGUCCAACCGACCGAUACAUUUUUUUUUCUCUCUCUCUUUCGAAACUUGUCACCGCAAGGUGCCUUGCCGUGGAAAAUAGUCUACAUUUUAACCAGCUAGUAUAAUGAUGGAACGGGGUUCUCGAUCCUGCUUCGCAAAGUAAAAUACAUUACCCGACGUCUUGGAAAUUGGGAAAAGAUACGAGAUUGAUAAUCAACGUCCAACUUCGUCGGAGCUUUGGGAAGAGCGGCACAGUAUAGGUUAUGUUACAAAAACUAAUUGUUCAUAUCGUCGAUAAGGUGCGCUCCAAUUAAAUGGCGUCUCGUCCCGGGACCGUCCAACAGGUAGAGGACUUUUUUUUUUUCUCAUGUGGAAUAAUGAGCGAAAAAUUAACUCUCUGAGUGGGAUUAAUUACUUGUCGCGAUCUACACAUUUCUUGUUAGCGAAAUUUCAUUAUGUACUAGAACAUUGAUUGUAUAAAAUAUCAUGAGUGCUGUGACCGGAACCACGGCGAGGGAUGAACAGGCAAACUGAUAAUUCUAUUAAAUUACAGUUCGUUGCCGUAAUGUUAUUAAUUCUUCCAAGGUCGUUCACUUUUUCAAGUGGUCGAAUUUAUGAAAAUUGAGCCCCGCCUGUAAUUCGCUUUAACUUAGCUCGAUUAUUUGUUGAACUUGCAUUGUUGAUAGAAUCUGCUUUCCCCAGGAAUUCCUCUUUUUCUGUUCUCUUUCUAGAAAGUGACUUUUUCACUCGGUAAAGGAGUUUGGAUCUCGUAGGGACUUUUUUUUUUCGGACACCAAUCCUGAUCUCCUAAGUGACUUUCAAAUGGAAACUUGAAGAUCUGAGAUGAACUGAGAUGAGAAUUUAAAAAUGGCCUUCUUCCUCGGCCCUGAUCAUCGCUUGGAUAAAGUGUCUCGGAUGAGCGACAUUUGCCGAUGGGCGAUCCUUGCUCCUAGGAGUGAUCAUCGCCGGAUAUCCGGAAGCGGAUUAAUCGUCCAUUGGCAAGUAAACAUGAUCGAGGAAGGAAGGCGCUUGGCAAAAGCCAAGCAGGAUGUCGAAGAUCCCAGGAAGUUCCUGAAACGAGAGCCUCGACGAGAAAAUGAAACGAUACGGCUUGGGGUGCCACUUUUGCAUGCCCUUAAAAUGAGAGUGCAAAGGAAAUCGCGGCAAGACAAACGUAUGCAAACGACCCGCCUAGCUCGCCGACAGAUUGUGGCAAAGAUACGAGAAGCACAUUUCGCAAAUGACAUCAGGUCGGCAACGAGCGAUCCGGUUCGCAUGUAGCGCGCUAAAGCGAUACACCAGGUUGCAAAACGAUACGUAUGGAAAGUGAUUAGCCGCAUUCGAGUAGGAAGCGAUAAGACAAUGAGAAGACGUCAUCCGAGCCGGGGUCUUGCUGUCGGACACGGUACUACGCAUUCGUUAUUGCAUGGAUCCCGAGUGACAAGCGGUUAAUUGGAGGAAAUCGGCGUAUUGGAUGUAAAGUUCUAUGGGAGGGCGAAGAAUCUGGACGAUCAGCGAUCCCGGCAGAUAAGGCGAGUGCCAUUCGCAUUUUCUUUUUUUUUUUGUUCCUUCCAUGAAGAUGGAUAAUGGUCUUGGACGGGACCGCCACUUUGUUAUACUGGACCUUCGCUGGAUGACUCCCAUCGAGGCUGAGGAUCGUCGAACUGCGAAUUUCUCCGACAAAAUGGCCGAAAAAGAAGCUCAUACCUUCCCUAACGGAAACAUGUAUUUCCGAUGCCGCCAAUGGAUAUGAGCUCCCUUAAGGUGAUUUUAAAGCGACGCCGUAGGUCUCGUCUAUGGUACUUUUCCCCGAACUGGAUGUACCGAAUUUAAAAAUUGUAUCUU